UGAUGGAUUAAUCUGACGGAGGAGAGAGUCGUAUAUGUGAUUCCCACUCCUGCCGAGGGCACCCGAAUGGAGUAACAGGCUGCAAUGUCAUCUCCACCUGGCCGCCUGGAGAGAUGUGUCACGGGAAUGGGGUGAGCUUAAUUGAUCAAGUUUGAACACUUUUCCUCUGGUUUCACUGACGCUGUGAGAAGGAACCAAAAUGCCAGUCGACGGACGGGUCACGGUGGCUGCCCGCACGGGGCCUCACACCACGGCGCCAGAACUCAGCAUUCAUCGCACGGACUCCGACGAAGAAGGCGCAAAAGCUCCGCGACCGCAAACCCGCAGCAGCCACGCUUUGUGACACCGAAGGGUAUGAUGGGUGUAGUGGGCUGGAUGUUGCUCCUACUCUCUCAGAUGAUGUUGCCGGUGGCGUCCCAGAAGCCCCCGGGGCUCAGUGUGGGCGUGGUCAUGGGCCAGACUCGCACCAUCUCGGACCAGGAGGUGCGGCCGCCUCGGCGCCCGGACGACCCCCUCGAUAUCUCCGUGGUCACGCUGAGGAUCAACCAGACGGACCCGAAGUCUGUGAUCACACAGGUGUGUGAGCUCGUGUCUCGCGCUCGUCUCCACGGCAUCGUGUUCGCUGACGGCACCGACCAGGAGGCCAUCGCCCAGAUCCUCGACUUCCUCUCCGUUCAGACGCAGCUUCCAGUCCUGGGAGUCCACGGAGGCUCCUCUAUGAUUAUGGCUGACAAGGAUGAGAAGUCCACGUUCUUCCAGUUCGGUGCGGCCCUGCAGCAGGAGGCUCUGCUGAUGCUCGCCAUCAUGGAGGAGUACGACUGGCACGUUUUUUCCAUCGUCACUUCCAAGUUCCCCGGGUACCAGAGUUUUAUCAGCACGCUGAGGAUAACGGUGGAUCACAGCUUCGUGCGCUGGGACCUGCAGAGUGUGGUGACUCUAGACGCCGUAGAUGGCGACCCCAACUCCAAAUCGCACAUCGCCCUCAAGAGGAUCCAGAGUCCUGUCAUACUGCUGUACUGCUCCAAGGAUGAGGCCGUGUACAUACUGGAGGAAGCUCGGUCCUUGGGUCUGAUAGGAGCUGGUUACAUCUGGAUCGUGUCCAGCCUCACCACUGGCAACCCAGACCAUACCCCUGAGAUGUUUCCCCUGGGCAUGAUCUCCGUGUCCUACGACGACUGGGAGUACCCGCUGGAGACGAGGGUGCGGGACGGGGUGGGCAUCAUCUCCACCGCAGCCACCUCCAUGCUGCGGGAGAAGGGGGAGCUGCCGGAGGCCCAGAGCAGCUGCUACAGCACCGCGUCAGACAGGAGCCCUGGGAAGCUCCCACCUAGUGCCCUGCGCAGGCACAUGAUGCAUGUGUGGAAUGAAGGGCGAGAUUUAUCCUUUACUCCAGAUGGUUACCAGGCCAACCCCAAACUGGUCGUCAUCGUCCUGAACAGCGAAAGGAAGUGGGAGAAGAUGGGCCGCUGGGAGAACGGGACCCUGUCGCUGAUGUUCCCCGUGUGGCCGAGGUACAACUCCUACGGGGACGAGGACGCCGACGAAAACCACCUCUCCAUCGUCACCCUGGAGGAGAAGCCCUUCGUCAUCGUGGACAACGUGGACAUCCUCACCGGCACCUGCAUGAGAAACUCCGUGCCGUGCCGCAAACACGUCAAAAACAACAGCACAUCAGGAGGCGCCUACAUCAAGCAGUGCUGCAAAGGUUUCUGCAUUGACAUUCUGAAGAAGAUCGCCAGGAACGUCAAGUUCACCUACGACCUCUACCUGGUCACCAAUGGAAAACACGGGAAGAAGAUCAACAACGUCUGGAACGGCAUGGUUGGAGAGGUGGUGUAUAAGAAGGCAGUGAUGGCGGUCGGCUCGCUGACCAUCAACGAGGAGAGGUCGGAGGUCAUCGACUUCUCCGUCCCCUUCGUGGAGACGGGCAUCAGCGUCAUGGUGUCCCGGAGCAACGGCACCGUCUCUCCGUCCGCUUUCCUCGAGCCCUUCAGUGCGUCGGUUUGGGUGAUGAUGUUUGUGAUGCUGCUCAUCGUCACAGCCAUCGCCGUCUUCCUCUUUGAGUUUGUCAGUCCGCUGGGCUUCAACCGCAACUUGGCCCAAGGCAAAGACCCACAUGGCCCAUCAUUCACCAUCGGUAAGGCCAUUUGGCUGCUGUGGGGUCUUGUGUUCAAUAACUCCGUGCCGGUGCAGAACCCCAAGGGCACCACCAGUAAGUUCAUCGUGUCGGUGUGGGCCUUCUUCGCCGUCAUCUUCCUCGCCUCCUACACUGCCAACCUGGCCGCCUUCAUGAUCCAGGAAGAGUUUGUGGACCAAGUCACCGGACUGUCUGACAAGAAGUUCCAGAGCCCGUACUCCUAUUCCCCUCCGUUUCGCUUUGGGACGGUUCCCAACGGCAGCACUGAGCGCAACAUCAGGAAGAACUACCCCGACAUGCAUCAGUACAUGACCAAAUACCACCAGUCCGGCGUCCAGGAUGCGCUGAUCAGCCUCAAGACUGGAAAGCUGGAUGCUUUCAUCUACGACGCCGCGGUGCUGAACUACAUGGCGGGCAGGGACGACGGCUGCAAGCUGGUCACCAUCGGCAGCGGUUACAUCUUUGCCACGACAGGUUACGGCAUCGCCCUGCAGAAAGGAUCCUACUGGAAACGCCUUGUCGAUUUGGCCAUACUGGGCAUCAUAGGCGACGGUGAGAUGGAGGAGCUGGAGGCCCAGUGGCUCACUGGGAUCUGCCACAACGAGAAAAACGAGGUGAUGUCCAGCCAGCUGGACGUGGACAACAUGGCGGGAGUCUUCUACAUGCUGGCCACAGCGAUGGGCCUCUCCAUCCUCACCUUCAUCUCCGAGCAUCUCUUCUACUGGAGGCUGAGAUACUGCUUCACUGGCGUCUGCUCGGGAAGGCCGGGUCUGCUCUUCACUAUCAGCAGGGGUAUAUGGAGCUGCAUCCACGGCGUCCACAUAGAUAUGAAGAAGAAGUCCCCAGAGCUGGACUUCAGUCCUCAGGCCAACAUGCUGCACCUGCUGAAGUCCGCCAAGUCCAUCGCCUUGUCUUCUCCCAAACGCAACACUGUCCUCCUGCAGCCCAGCAUCAUGGACGUGAUGACAGGGAAAGGUAACUCACUCCAUAGUCUGCCUCAGAAGGGUCCUGGUCUCUAUAGCAACGCCGCCGGUCCACAGGGUUUCCUGUCAUUGUCCGGGCGACACAAAAACCUCCUUAACAAUGCUGCACCAUUUCCCACGCAACAAAAAGCUCCCGCUCUCCAGACCAGCCCCAGCAAGCCCCAGCUGUCCGUCACCAACGACAACGGCAAGCCCCGGCUCGCCGGGCCGGCCUGCGCCGCAUCCAAGCCUCGGGCCCUGUGGAAGAAAAGCGUCGAGACGCUGAAAACCCAGCCGACCGUCGCGUCCCCGGGCCCGAGCCCCGCCCCGUCGUCGGGGCCCGGGCCCCCGACGAUGAAGAGCCAGCGCUACCUGCCCGAAGAGCCGCCCCACUCCGACAUCUCGGAGUGUUCCAGUCGGCCGCCGUCCCACAAGGACUCCGACUCCAUGGCGGCCAGGGGUGGAUUUAAGCCAAUCAAUCAGCUGAGGAAGAGGGGCGGGGGUGGAGGAGGAGGAGGAGGAGGCAGCGGAGGAUCGAAGAUCUACUCCAUUGACUCAGACCAGGCCAGUCUUCAGUCUGCGCCCCCCUACCAACGAGACAGCCAGGGGGGAGGUGACGACCACAGUUACCCCCCUGACUUGUUUCCACCCGACAACACAUACUCACACCAGGCGGACGCGCCCAUUUUGCAGCUGAGCGCCACUCUGCUCCACCACAGCCACAGCGCCGAGGCCGACCUGCACUCCCUGAAGGAUAAGAAAUACAGCACGUACACUCACAGCAGUGUGAAGGAGAAGGCGGGCGGCUCGUUCGACGGCCCCGGCACGGGCGCGGGCACGGGCGCGGGGACGCAGAGCGUCAGGCCCGGCCACUGCCGCUCCUGCCUGACCAAGCUCAGCGGCUACUCCGGCCUCUACACCGUCCGCUCGCCGCAGGCCCGCUGCGACGCCUGCGCCCACCUGGGGAACCUGUACGACAUCAGCGAAGACCACCUGCACUCGCACUACUCCCAAACGCACCCCCACCCUCACAGCGGGGACAUGUUUACGCACUACCUUCCCCAGAACGAGCUGGGCCUGGUGGGCGAGGGGGACGGGCUCGUCAGCCACUUCGAGCCGGCCCCUUCCUCCCCGUCGCCGCUCCCCGCCUCCUCGCCGGCCCAGCACCUCCAGCUGAGCCGCCAGCACUCCUACGAGAACAUGCUUCCGGACGGCGUCCCCGAGCGGCAGCCGCAGCCGCACUCCCACCUGCGGGGGCUGAGCCUGCCCGACAGGGACAGGGACAGGGAGAUGACCCUGGACGAGGGCGCCUACGCCAACGUCCUCACGAUGCGCUCCGACCGCCCGUUCAGCAGCCGCAGCCCCCCCUCCCCGUCCCCUUCCCACCACCACAGCCUGGACGCCCCGAUGCCUCUGCCCCGGCGCUCGAAGAGCCUCUUCCCCGACCGGCCCUCCCACAACCCCUUCCUCCAGUCGGCCCCCGGCACGACGCAGCGAGAGCCCGCCACCCAGGCCGCCGCGCGCCUGCCCCAGAGGAGCUCGGCCCACGAGCUCUACAAGCAGCGGAUGCCGCUGUCGCUCACCCUCGGCAACCACCAUCACAUCAACCAGCACGGCGGCCACGUUGACCAACAGGUGUUCUACCCUCAGCAGGAGCCCCCCGUGGUGGCCUACAUGGUCCCGCCCGCCGCCUCCCAACCGAUGAGCUAUGUGACAGCGCCGCGGGCAUCGAGCGCGGGCGGCAACCGGCCGCGGCUCUACCGCCGCAUGCCCAGCAUCGAGUCUGACGUCUGAGAGUCACACACACACACGACACACGACACGCUUACUCUCGUGGAAACGCGCUAACACACACACACGCAUGCUAGAAAGAGGUGUGUGCGUGUGUGUGUGCACGCGUGCGUGCGUGUGUGUGACCGGACCAGGCAGCUCUGACUCUAAGCACAUUUACAGUAACACACAGACACACACACACACACACACACACACACACAGGUCUGCGCCGGACUGAAAGGUUUAACCGUGAUGCUGAGUAAAUAAAUUGUCGUGUUCUUUGUGACACCCUCUAGUCGGGAGGGACGGGGCCACGGGGGACACCUGGAGGCACAACACGGGAUCAAGAGAAGUGUGUGAGUGUCGGUGUGUGUGCACUAGCCUAAAGCGGCGGGCGACGAGGAGGAAACUGACUUACACGUCUGACAGGAUAGACGGAAAUCCCGGUGGAGCGCGAGGGACACUGUGCGUGGAGUCUUGACCCCAACAGUGGGACCGGAGGGAAGCGACGAACGGGGCGUUUGGAAGACGAGCCGACCUGUCCCGCACUCACGGGCCUCGGAGACAAAGGGGACACACGGAAGAGCCCCUUUAUCUCUGAGGCCGCACAAACAAACACACACACGUUUCACACUGAGAACCCCCCCGCCCCUCUCCAGGACUCUGUUGCACUAUGAUUUCCACAGUCAAACCCGUACGUUGUCUGAGCCUCCAAACUGCACUGCCAGCAUGGCUUAAAGAGUAGUAAAACGACACUAGAGUAAUCCUCGACUUGAAUGGAAAUUACUAUCUAUGUAAUACUAGACUGGGAGACGGGCAGUUCGUCAGGGGGGGAAAACAGGCCCGAGAAGUGUAUCGACUCCUGCCCGCAGAUGUACAAACACUCGAACACACACACACGCGUGCGCGCCGUGUCUGCUUUUAAGGGGAAGUAAAAAAAAAAAACAAACAAAAAAACAACUUCAGACUGUUUAUUAUUGUUGAUGUCAGUUAAUUGAACAUUCCAAAAAGUGGACCGACCACGGCCACCAGUAAAAAGCCUCUCAGGAUGAGAGUGUGUGUUCUAGUGUUUAUAGAUCUAGAGACAUACAGUAUAGCAUCCUUGCUUCCUCUCUUAGCUAGCCUUCAGGUCAUACUGCAUGCUUCCUACUGCCCUGUGUUACAGUUAAACUCCUAUACAGGGUCAUAUAUGCACACACACACACACACACACGCGCGCACACACACACACCCGUAUACACAUACGCAGUAGUCUAGGAUAGUAGUUUUAGGGUGGGUGUGUGUGUGUGUGUGUCGAGGCUGCGAGUUGGCCUCUCUCUGUGCACUUUGUAGAUUUUAUACCCUGCCACCUACACAAGACGUUUGACCAAAAAACACUUUUAUACUGAAAAAUAUGAAUAUUCUCGAUCAUUCGCUGGAUAGAUGUUUUUCUUUUCUCUUAUUUCUCUUUGACGUCGGGGUCGUAGGGCACCGCUAAGGGCACGGCUCUGCCAGUUUUACAGUGUUAGAUGAUGAGUUCGGCAUCUCACGAGCGGUAACACACACGCCACACUAAGUCUCAAUCUCUCAUUUUUUUUAAACUUAUACUGUGCUCCUUCCUCCUUCUUGCCUUUUCUCCUUCCUUCAUCAGGUACUUUCAUUUUUUCCUCCCCCUUUAUUCUCUCGAUGUGUCUUUUUGCUCUCUCUCUCUCUCUCUCUCUCUCCCCGCUUCCUUCCGUGGAGUAGAUUAAGUAUCAGACGAACGAAGUUCAGUUGUGGUGUUUGAAAACUCCAACAUAUUGCUGGGAAUCACUUGAUAUCAGCAUUCGUCGAGAACUCAACCGAUUUCAGCGGCGGCUCUCUUAGGAUGCAGUGCUUUUUUUUGUUUUUUUUCCUAACAACUUUUCCGUGCUGAACAGAAGAAGAAGUCGAGGCCCGUUUUAACGUCUCCGCAGCGAGCUUAGAGGCUGAGCGCGGCCCCCGUUUCUGUUUUCACCCGUCGAGUGGAUGCUCCUGGACGAGCGUCGGAGUGGCCGGUGCUCGCGCGGCCCUCUCCCUCUCUCUCUCUCUCUCUGUGUGUGUGUGUCAGCCCGGGGAGUCACGUGGCAACGCGCACAGUUUGCUAAGUGAUUCGCCACAGAGGCAGCACUCACUCGCAUUCACACACACACACACACACACACAAACGCUGACACACUCAACAGGCUGGCAACGUGUGUAUGAGUGUUCUAGAAAUCUAUAAUCUACUGAGUAAGGGCAUUGAUUUUUGAGCACAAGCAUUUUGAUGGUGAAAGGACUUGAUAUCCCAUUAGCUGAGUGUCUGUCUCUAUUCUUUCUAUAUUCUCUCUUCCCUCGCGCGCACUCGCAAACGCGCCAUCCGCGCGCGACGUUUUUCCGGCUGCGAACAGUUCAAGACGAGACGAGCCCGAAGCGGAACCCCGCGGAUGGCGAACGCUGCCCCCUAUUUUUUUUUUUUAUUUUAUUUAUUUAUUUUUUUUGGGUAAUCUCAACAGGUUUGGUGUGUGAGUUAUAUGCACAAUAUCAGGUUGCAAUAUUAUACUUCUGUACAGAGAAAUCUUUGUUUUAAAUGUUAGAAACUGAUUUCAUUUGUUUGAUUUUGGAUGGUAUUUAAGUGUUAAAUUCAUUUCGAUAGCGACGUGGCUUUUUUAUUCAGCUUUUAGGAGAAAAAAAAAAGAAAUGGCAUGUUUUAGAUUCUUGUGUGAUUUUUUUUUCUUUUUUUUUCCAUUUUAAUUUAUUUCCGAUUUUGAUUUUCCUCUGGUUGUUGUUGGUUGGCACCUCACUGUACAGUCGUCACUGCUGGGUGAACAGACUACACAACUCUCUCGAUCGGCUAAUGUGAAGCUGGGUCUCUCAUCUGAGUCACACUCACUGAAUAAUAAUGGUCCAGCCCCCCCCCCCCCCCUCCUCC